UGAUCACGUGACCAUUUGGCUGGCUACGAGGUAAGGUAUGCAAAUUGAACUUGUUAUUCGUUGACAGCAGUGAGUGAAAGUAGUAAUUGAACUAUAUUACUGUAUGAAGAACAACCAUGAAGAAUCAUCUGAGUCUGUGCUUACUUGCAUCACUUAUAUCAGUAGUAAAAAGUGUGGAGAAUCCCAACAGAUCUGUGAGGUUAAGAUCAGAAAAAACGACUAUAGGAAAACUGGCCAUAAAUAGAUCCAUAUCAACCUAUUUUAAGAGUGAUAUAUUCUUCCCCGGAAAUGAUGGAAAAUCUAUUGAUAAUUCGUGCACAACAUCCAAGAACGAGAAAGGAAAAUGUAAAGACCUUUCUAAUUGUCUUGAAGCACUAGAUAACACGUAUAAAGAACAUCCCACAGUUUGUGAAUGGAAUGGUGCGAACCCAGUUAUUUGCUGCCCCAUGGUAAUACCAUCUGAAAAUACUCCAGAUCCUAGCGUGUCAGGAAAAGUCCCAAAUCUUUAUUUUCCAGGUUGUGGUAUACGUGAAAAACGUCAGAGAAUAGGGUCUUUGGUGUUUGGACGACUUCAACCAUCCAAAGCUGAUCACACUAGCAACGAAAAACGAGUAAGACCUGUUCAAAAUGAUUCCAAGGGAGUGAGAUUUGUAGUUGGUGGAGUUGAAGCCGAUCCUAAAUCAUGGAGAUGGAUGGUUGGAAUCUCGCAAAAGUUUGGAUUAUUUGAACGAUUUCUGUGUGGUGGUGCUCUGAUAUCAUCCCGUUACGUCAUCAGUGCUGCUCAUUGUUUUAAGAUGUCAGAUAAUCCUGUAUCUCCAUCUGUGUAUACAUUUCGUGUGGGAGCUCACACACUAAAUGAUGGAACGAAAUAUAGUGUGGAUGAUCUCAAAGUCCACGAACUUUAUCAUCCGAACAAGAUCUACCACGAUAUUGCUGUUUUGAAGGUUAAAGGACACGUCACACUCAAUGAUGAGGUCACACCGGUGUAUUUACCUCAGCCUUCCUUUGUUGAUGACGAUUUUAUUGGAAGACAAGUUAUUAUCACCGGUUGGGGAGAUACGUCUUUCGGAGGAGUGCGCAGUAAAGUACUUCAACAAGUUUCCAUCCCUGUUGUAUCGAACAAGGAAUGCAACAGCUCUUACUCAAAAGUAGCGUCGUCACAGUAUCCACAAGGUAUCACUAGAGGGCAGGUCUGUGCCGGAUUAUCAGAAGGAGGCAAGGAUGCAUGUCAGGGUGAUUCUGGAGGACCUCUGGUGUUAAAGCGAGAUGAUCGUUGGACUCUGGUGGGAAUUGUUUCAUUUGGGCUGAACUGUGCUGAACCAGGCUACCCUGGAGUUUAUACUAGGGUUUCACACUAUAUAAGAUGGAUUGCUGCAAACACUGACUUAGGACAAUAAAAAACGUGCCUUGCUUCAGUUUGUACUAUCUACUUAUCUGUCUUAACGAUUAUUGGUAGCUUUCUUAACUGUGUUUAUCGUUCUCUAACUUGAACCUUUUCAUGAAAUCUAGAUACAAUUCUGAAUAACAAGUUACUUUGUCCAACUUAGUUUUUCAAAUGUAUAAACAGUCAUCAGUAAGCAGCUAUUUUGCUCGACUUGAAUGAACUAGUUACUACCACUACUAUCACUACUUAAUUUUUAAUUAGCCGUGUUAAUUGAUAUUUCACUGUCACUCUGAAGUUAUGCUUUUAUCUCUAAUUAGCGGUAAUGAGAAGCCUAAUACAGUGAUGGGUUCUUCCUCAAGAAAACGUGGACUAAUGACACUAUUAGAGUCAAUUUUAAAAAACUAUAGGUUCUUCCCGAAUAAAACA